AUGGCUGGUGAACGUCGGGGUGGAAGUAGCAAGCAUUUAAUAGAUUUUGAGGGAAGUAGAAAGCAUUUAGAAAGUUAUGAUGUUAUUGCCGACGAAAAUGCUAUUCUUGCUCAGGAAAGUUCAUCUUCUUCUGCAUCAGAAUCUUCAGCAAGAUCCAGUGAUGCUGAAAAGGAUAAUCCUCCCAAUCCCCUUAUUGAACCCAAACAACCAGAUGUUGAAUCAUCACAAGUACCCUUAUUUCCAGCAGAAGUUUCCAGCCACAAUCCUGUUAAUAGCUCUCAACUAUUGCCCCCACCAUCGCCCCUCAGUUAUGUGAUGGCAGGCUAUGAUCCAAAUCGAAUCCCAUCAUCCAUUUUUGCUAAGCCUAGUAAUCCUACGGAGUGGAGCGUUGCUUCAAAUGAAUCAUUGUUCAGUAUUUACAUGGGAAAUGGUAGCUUCUCAAAAGAUAAUGCUUUCAUGUUAUAUAAGUCAGGAGAACUCCCCAAGUUUGAUGAGACAAGCAAUGCUCCACCCAGCUUGAGUCCUGUCAUUGAAGUACAGAGAAACGAUAGAAAAAAUGAAGAUAUAUCGAUAAAAAUAAAAGUUAAAGAAGAAGAAUCAAGUGAUUCUGAAGACAGGGAACCCGAAUCAACAGCUGAGAGCAAUACCAAAAAGCAGGUUCCGGAUGCAACAGAUAAAAUUAGCUCUCAGGAAAAGAUGCCUCCUGUUGAGGACAUUCAAGUCUCCUUCUCUAGCAGUAACAGAUCAUUUCAAUUCCCAUUAUUGGAUGCUACCUCUGGAAGCAAAACUUCUUUCCACCAGGUGAUGGAGAAGCAUCCCUCGGAGAAGCACCCCUCGGAGAAGCACUUGAAACAGGAGCCACAGCCUGCAGAAACCACCCCGGGAACAACCCCAAAGGCUGCAGGAAAUAGUUGGUUUUCUUGCUUCUCUUGCUGCUCACUUGGCUGUUAA